AUGGAUCCGAACAACCCAAAUUUCCGUCAACAAUUUUCUGGUUUUAGUGAUGAUUACCUAACUAAUCCCGAGUUUCAAUUGUUCUUGCAAAGAAUGGGAAAUACGUCUUUGCAACCACCUCCACAGCAUCAGACACCCACUGAAUUUCCCCAAGAACACUAUGAUAAUAAUGAAGAACGUACACCUGAAACUGAUCAUGGUAGCAACACCCAAUUCGAUGACAGCGAAGAGGAAAACGUACCAGAGACGCUGCAGUAUCCUCCACAAAUUAGCGAAGAUGCUAUUAAAGGUACGAGCCAGAAAGCAACUGACCUAUGGCGCAAUGUACACGCAGCAUAUCAAAUGGCUCAUGCGGAGAAGCCGCAUAUACUUUCGCCAAGACCUAUGAAGAGUUUGUCGUCGCACUGGAGAAGGUUGGCAGCAGACACACUACAGUGGAUAUCUUGCUAUGAUGAAGCGGAUCCAAAGUGGAGGCCAAAGCUGAGAUGGUCGUUGUCAAAGAAGGAAAGAAAAGCUGCUUGUCAUGAUGAGGAGCAAGGUAGUGCUAGAAGUGGGAAGAGGUCGAGAGAUGAUGUAGGGGAUGAAACCCCUACGGAUGGUUUUUCAUCUGGAGGAGUACAACGACCCGAUGGUGUGAAGAAAGUAAAGGCCAAGUGUAAAGGGAAAGCAGUAGCUACAGAAAGUGGUUCGUCUGACCUUGGCGAACGAAUGAAGGAAUUCGCUACCAUUCACGAAAGGGAGGCCAUUCUGAAAGAAGAGAGGAUCAAAAUUGAAAAGGAUAAGGAACAGAGGAAACGGGAGGAACUUGACAUUCAUAAGAUGAGAACUGUUUCGGGGUUUUCUGAUUCACUUUUGUCAGAAUGCUUUAACUCUUGGUCAUUGAUACCGACAUAA